UUUUUGAAUAUCGAAAAUAACGCAAUAGGAAUUUCAGGUCAAGUUGCCGAAGAAGGUUUCAGCAAAGCUUUUCUAAAUUUAACCAGCCUCGAAGAAUUACAUCUUUCAAAUAACCACAUUCAAUAUUUAUCAAACAACAGUUUGUUACAGCUGAAAAAUCUCAGAAUCUUAAAUUUACGCAACAAUUUAUUGGAAUCUUUUGAUGUAAAGAUUAGUCAUAUGUUAAAUUUAUCAUAUUUAGAUUUAUCUAAAAACAUUUUACAGGAACUGUCGGAAAACACUUUUAAUGCUAUUGAAAAGAUAUCUGAACACCAUAAAUUCACUGUCAACAUCCAAAACAAUAAUUUGAAAUGUGGUUGUGCACAAAUAAGAUUUCUCACUUGGCUGCACAAAGUACGGAAUUCAGGUCGUUUGAAAAUAAUGUACUCGAAAUGUACUCAUCCUAACGGAACAGUGUGGAAGUUGAAAGGAAAUCAGCUUGUUAGGAUCACACUUGUUCAGCCUUGAUAAUAAUUGAUAAUAAUUGCGAUAAGUUUUGGUGU